CGGAAUUCACUUCCAGAUAUUUUCUAUCAAAAUAUCAUCUCACCUUAGUGUUCCCCACGUUGACUCCAUUCACCUUCACAUUCGCCCUUCUUUUCCCCCUUAAAUUACCAAUCUGCCACUAUUCUCAUCUCCCCCCAUACCCACUCGUAAUUUCCCUCUCUCUUCGGGGCAUUUCCGUCACAUCAUUUAACCGACUUUAACGAGAAGAGCGAGAGAGAAAAGAAAGAGAGUUUGGUGUUAUUUUUCAUUGUUGCAGUUGCAGAAGAAGAAGAAAAAGAAAAAAUGGCUAUGGCAAAAGAGAAAGAGGAAGAUGAAGAGGAGGUUCAGACCUGUGGGAAGAGGUUGAAAUGCAUGAGGAAUGAUGAAGAAGAUGAUAAUGGUGUUGAUGAAGAAGAGAGCGAGCUUCCUCUGAAACCCGGGAUUUUCUUCUACCCGACAACCCCAACUUCCUUUGUUGUCUCUGAUGCUCUUGAACCUGAUUUCCCGGUCAUAUAUGUCAACAAGGUCUUUGAAAUCUCCACUGGGUAUCGUGCCGACGAGGCCCUCGGUCUCAACUGUCGGUUCUUACAGUAUAGAGAUCCUCGAGCUCAGAGGCGACACCCUUUGGUGGACCCUGUUGUUGUGUCUGAGAUCAGAAGAUGUCUUGAGGAAGGUGUUGAGUUCCAAGGUGAACUUUUGAAUUUCAGAAAGGACGGCACGCCAUUGGUGAACAGACUAAGACUUGCACCAAUUCAUGACGAUGAUGGGACUGUGACACACGUAAUAGGUAUCCAACUCUUUUCUGAGGCAAAUAUAGAUCUGAACCGACUCUCAUAUCCAGUAUUCAAAGAGACUUGCAAUCAGGAUUUUUCCAAGAAUGGUAAAUAUUCUCCAAAGGGUGGACAAUGUUUGUACAGUCAGCAGCAAGAGAUGUGCGGCAUUCUUCAGCUUUCUGAUGAAGUCUUGGCUCACAACAUUUUGUCACGCUUGACACCAAGGGAUGUUGCAUCCAUUGGGUCUGUAUGUAGAAGAAUACGUCAGUUAACAAAGAAUGAGCAUGUCAGGAAGAUGGUAUGUCAGAAUGCUUGGGGCAAAGAAGUGACAGGAACAUUGGAACUGAUGACCAAGAAGUUAGGAUGGGGUCGUCUGACUCGGGAACUCACCACCCUGGAGGCUGUUUGUUGGAGAAAACUGACAGUUGGAGGAGCAGUGGAGCCUUCACGCUGCAAUUUCAGUGCUUGUGCUGCAGGAAACCGACUAGUAUUGUUUGGAGGUGAAGGAGUGGACAUGCAGCCUAUGGAUGACACUUUUGUUCUAAAUCUUGACGCUAAAAAUCCAGAAUGGCGCAGGGUUAGUGUGAAAUCAUCCCCACCUGGAAGAUGGGGCCACACACUCUCAUGUUUAAAUGGUUCUUGGUUGGUGGUUUUUGGAGGCUGUGGUAGGCAAGGACUGCUCAAUGAUGUGUUUGUGCUUGAUUUGGAUGCUCAACAGCCAACAUGGAGGGAAGUCUGUGGUGGAACCCCACCUCUUCCCAGAUCAUGGCAUAGUUCUUGCACAAUUGAAGGGUCGAAAUUGGUGGUCUCCGGUGGGUGCACGGAUGCAGGUGUACUUCUCAGUGACACGUAUUUACUGGAUCUCACAACGGAGAAUCCAACAUGGAGAGAAAUUCCAACAUCAUGGGCUCCUCCAUCUCGGUUGGGGCACUCACUCUCGGUGUAUGGGAGGACAAAGCUUCUGAUGUUUGGUGGACUUGCCAAGAGUGGACACUUGCGGCUACGAUCAGGUGAGGCUUAUACAAUUGACUUGGAAGAUGAACAACCACAGUGGAGGCAGCUAGAAUGUAGUGCAUUCACGGGAUUAGCAAGUCAAAAUGCUGUUGUUCCUCCUCCUAGACUGGAUCAUGUUGCUGUGAGUAUGCCUUGUGGGAGGAUCAUUAUAUUUGGAGGUUCCAUUGCGGGUCUUCACUCACCAUCUCAGCUCUUUCUCUUGGACCCUUCUGAAGAGAAACCAUCUUGGAGGAUCCUCAAUGUUCCAGGGCAACCACCUAAGUUUGCUUGGGGUCAUAGCACUUGUGUGGUUGGAGGGACUAGGGUACUGGUGUUGGGGGGACACACUGGGGAGGAGUGGAUACUCAAUGAGUUGCAUGAGUUAUGCCUGGCAAGUCGUCAGGAUUCUGACCUGUAAAGGGCAUAAAACCAGACCCUCUUCUCUCAGAACAAGAUUUUUGUUGCAAAAUAGGUUUUGGGUGGGUUUUGUUUAGCAGUUUGGUUUUGUAUAUGAACUAUAUCAUAUGAUUGUUGUAUGACAUGACGUGUGUAUUACCACUGUUUUUUGAAUGAUGUGUGAUGCCAUCUGGCUCCUCUACCCUCUAUGACUAUGACACUAGGAAACAAACUUCUGUA